GGGAGCACCGGGAGCGGCGGGAGCGGCGGGAGCGGCAUGGUGGUGCCGCCGCUGCUGCGCGCCGUCAUCAUGGGGCCGCCGGGCUCCGGCAAAGGCACCGUCUCCGCUCGGAUUAUCAAGCACUUCGGCGUGAAGCACCUCUCCAGCGGCGACCUGCUGAGGGACAACAUGCAGAAGAAGACAGAAGUGGGAAUCCUUGCCAAGUCCUACAUUGAUCAAGGGCAGCUUAUUCCAGAUCACAUCAUGACACAACUAAUGCUGAAUGAGAUAAAAAGUCUAGACCAGUACAAUUGGCUAUUGGAUGGUUUCCCCAGAACAGUUGCUCAGGCAGAAGCCCUCGAUAAAGAAUGUCACAUAGACACUGUGAUUGACCUGGACGUGCCAUUUGAGACCAUAAAGUGUCGGCUUACAGCACGCUGGAUCCACCCUGCUAGUGGCAGAGUCUACAAUCUUGAAUUCAGUCCUCCCAAAGUGCAGGGCAUUGAUGACAUCACUGGUGAGCCGCUUGUUCAGCGUGAUGAUGACAAGCCAGAGACUGUCAGCAAGAGGCUUCAGGCUUACGAUGCACAAACAAAACCUGUUCUAGAGUAUUAUCGGAAAAAGGGGUUAUUGAAAUCCUUUUCUGGAACAGAAACCAAUAAGAUCUGGCCACAUAUCUAUGCUUUCCUUCAAACCAAGUUGCCAGAUGUUAGCCAGAAAGAUGCUGCCAAGCCCAGGUGAAAAUAGGUCAAACUUCUGCUCAUCUUUCAUAGCUCACUCCCAAUUACAUGAGAUUCAUCAAUCAAGGAUUUGUUCAAGUAGUCUACCAGACUCAUCAAUAAUUUAAGUCCAAUGCUGUCCUUAACUAACACUAUGGUAAAAUUUUGUUGCCUGUGGUUACCACUUCAAUGCUGUAUUUUUUUAUACUAAAUAUACCUAAUUUUAAAAAUACAGUAACUGUCUUUAACAAGAGCUAA